ACUUGAGCCUGCCUCUUGUGUAUGCUUCUGGCUCCGGAAGAACAAAAACCCUCCGUUUUAUCUCUCUCUCUUUAUGCUAACUGGGUCUUCAGUAUUCACUGCCUGAAGCUCUUCAAAUCCGCAUUCAUCUACUCUCUCUAUGCUCAAAUGAUUUCUUGAAAGUUUAAUCCGAUAAUGGGUUUCUUUGCUUGCAAUAUGCUCUCUCAUUCCAACUCAAUUCCUACACCUACCUUCGAAAUCACAACACAUCACUACCCUUUUCACCAAACCUCAUUCUUUCGAAAACCCACAAAUCUCAGCGUCUCUAACUUCCGUUUUAGACCUCUAUUAGUUGCCACAAACGUAGAAAAUACAGAGAAAGUUGAAAUUGGGGAAGAAGAGAAAAAUUCCAAGUUUAGGUGGGUUGAGAUUGGCCCUCACAUUACAGAAACUCAGAAACAGGCCAUAUCUAAACUACCCCCAAAGAUGACUAAACGAUGUAAAGCUCUCAUGAAGCAGAUUAUUUGUUUCUCUCCUGGAAAGACCAUUCUGUCUCAGUUGUUGGCUGCGUGGGUGAGGAUUAUGAGGCCCAAUAGAGCUGAUUGGCUUACGGUUCUCAAAGAAUUGAGUUGUUUGGAUCACCCAAUGUCGUUUGAGGUAUCAGAACUUGCACUCCUAGAAGAAUCAUUUGAAGCCAAUGUUCGUGACUAUACCAAGAUAAUUCAUGGCUAUGCAAAGCAAAACAGACUGCAAGAUGCUGAAAAGAUCCUAUUGGCCAUGAAGAGAAGAGGCUUCCUGUGCGAUCAAGUGACCCUGACCGCUUUAAUUCACAUGUAUAGCAAGGCAGGAAAUCUUAAACAGGCAGAAAAUACAUUUGAGGAGAUGAAGCUACUUGGUGUGCCACUCGAUAAGAGAUCAUACGGGGCAAUGAUCAUGACUUACAUUAGAGCUGGGAUGCUUGAUCAGGGAGAGAGUCUACUUAGAGAAAUGGAAGACCAAGAAACAUAUGCCGGAAGAGAAGUUUACAAAGCCUUGUUGAGAGCAUAUUCCAUGAUCGGUGAUAGUGAAGGAGCUCAAAGGGUGUUCAAUGCAAUUCAAUUUGCGGGCAUCAUUCCCGAUGCCAAGCUGUGCGGUCUCCUCAUAAAUGCAUAUGUAGUGGCGGGUCAUAGUCACAAGGCUUGUAUCGCGUUUGAAAAUUUGAGACGAGCUGGUCUUGAACCCAAUGAUAAAUGUGUGGCUCUGAUUUUGGCUGCUUGUGAAAAGGACAACAAGCUUAACAAGGCACUGGGUUUUCUCAUAGAUUUGGAGAGAGAUGGUAUCAUGGUUGGAAAAGAAGCUUCAGAAGUACUAGUUGGGUGGUUUCGAAGGUUGGGGUUAGUGGAAGAAGUCAAUCUUGUGUUGAAAGAAUAUGCCUUGAUUCAAGUCAACUGCAAAGGACGUGCUUUUUAAUUCAGCUUCAAGCUUUCUUUGCUUGGUGUCUGCUUGGGAAACAUGCUCAACCGCCUGCCUCCAUAACUUCCCUUUGUUGGAGCAUUACAGGUCUCUUGGUUAAUCUCAUUUUUGAUACCUCCCAUGUCUUGAGUGGAGUGUUAAGUGUUGCUUGCAACUAUGAAACUUGCUGAAAUGUGGCUUGACCUGCAUGUACUUCACUAAAUUGAGGGAUGCAAGCUGCUACCAGCAUAUUGAAAACCGGCAAAACAGGCAACAGAACAAUGAUGAGCUAUGGUAAAUUAAACUUGUUUUCCUGCUUCCUGGGUAAUGCCGCCUUCUUAGACAUUUCUUUAGAGUAUUUUUCUCCUUCCAAUAGAUAGUUAUGCAGAUAUUGUAUCCAUGAGUUUAACGGGCUUUAGGAAAUCUCUCUCUCUCUCUCACUCUUGUAGCUAAGUUGUACUAACUUACAUUGAACUGACCAAUCCAAGUCCUUGCUUAAUUGUUUCUGGA